UUUAUGUAAUGUGACCGUGGCGCACGCGCAUAUUGAGUCGCGUUGGAGGGCUUUCCAUGCAGGCUCCGAUUUGCGCGCGUAUAACAGAACCACCUCGCGCACUCAACCGUCUCAAUUAAGGUGAUAUAAAGUCGGCAUCAAACCAGAGAAUUUAUGGACUCGAUUAUGGAACAAGAGGAUGUGCUCAAUUGUUCUUUGGCAACUUCUGCCCUCGCCAAUGGCUCCAGCAAAUUGACACAGGGUGUCCCCUUCCAGGGGAGCAGCGCCCUGCUAACAGCGAUCAUCUACAUCACAGUCUUCAUGGUAGGUUUGGCCGGCAACAGUCUGGCCAUCUACGUGGUGCUCCGCUAUGCCAACAUGAAAACGGUGACCAACAUCUACAUUCUCAACUUGGCUAUCGCCGACGAGCUCUACAUCAUCGGGCUGCCUUUCCUCACGACGCAGAAUGUGCUCUCCUACUGGCCCUUCGGGUCCUUCCUGUGUCGGCUCGUCAUGACCGCGGACUCCAUGAACCAGUUCACGUCGAUUUUCUGCCUCACUGUCAUGUCUGUUGACCGCUACCUGGCCGUGGUGCACCCGAUCCGGGGAACCAAGUGGAGGCACCCACGCGUGGCCAAGAUGGUGAGCGCAACAGUGUGGGCUGUUUCUUUUGUGGUGGUCCUGCCUGUGGUCAUCUUCUCUGAUGUGCAGGACACAUUUAACUCGUGCAACAUGAUCUGGCCUGAGCCAACAGACGUGUGGUCAACAGCCUUUAUUCUCUACACCGCCAUAGUAGGCUUCUUUGGACCCCUGCUCAUCAUCUGCCUCUGCUACCUCCUUAUAGUAAUCAAGGUGAAAUCCUCCAGCGUGCGGGUGGGCUUCACCUCACGCCGGCGUUCUGAGCGUAAGGUGACGCGGAUGGUGGUGGUUAUCGUGGUGGUUUUUGUCCUCUGCUGGCUGCCGUUCUUCAUCAUCAACAUCAUCAACGUCAUGGUCAUCAUCCCUGAGUCCAGUGCCACCGCUGGAAUAUACUUCUUUGCCGUCAUCCUGUCAUAUGCCAACUCCUGCGCCAACCCUCUGCUCUAUGGUUUCCUCUGUGACAACUUCAAGCAGAGCUUCAGAAAAGUGUUGUGUGUGAAGAGGUUGAGUUGCAAGGCCCAUGGUGUGGAUGACGGCGACCCCAGCGCUCGCCGUAGAGUGAGGUCAAUGCCAACUGAUUGUGCUCCUUACUCUCCUCCCCAUCAGGUGUCUUAUCGCCCCCAGAGCAGCCAGAUCUUUCCUCAGCCUUCAGGCUUCCAGAUUUCUCACACACCUGCUGACUUGCACGGCUGUGACUCUGCAUCCAAGCAGUCUACCUCCACAGUCACACAAUUCCCCAGGACCAUGACAACAAUUACAGAAACCCCCAUAAACACCCUGGCUGAAAUACCGGCUAUUUCUACAGUCACGAGAGAGUCUGCCGUCUCUUAGGGAAUAUAGCCUCUCGAAGAGGAGGUUGAGGAUGACAGAAGUGUGCGACGUCCAUGUGAAAAUUGGCAAUCGGGAAGC